UAGAUCGUACGUAAAACCCUAAUGUUCGAACUAUAUAGGGCUUAGUAAUGCAUAAAUACUAGCCGAAAAAACUACAAAGCCAUAUUUCAGCCAUUGAUAUAACUAGUAGUCGAACUCAUGGCAAUAUAUGGUAGUCAAAAAAAUAACUCUCUUUAAGGCAAGCAGGUUGAGAUAAGAAACGAUGGAGUUACAUCACGUCAAAAUAUCACGAACCAAGAAGAAGAAGAAAAAGGGAACAUAACAUGAUACGCUUCUUUUUGAAUCUAGGGUUCCAUGCGAGUGAGGCAAUGUCUUAUUGAUUGUAUCGAAAAUAUUGGAUACCGAAUUCAAAAACGUUAGUUGUUAUGUUCUUUCUGUGCCAAUCACAACUCAAAUGAAUAGUGUAACUAAUCACCUAUUAAUUAAUUAUUGAAAUUGUUUUCUCUAUUGCCUCAAAAAUAAUAUUAGAGAAAAAAUUAUAUUAAAAAAAUAAUAGAGAAAAAGAUUUGCCUACGAUUCUACCAACUGACCAAAACAUCUUUCUUUUAACGUUAUGCUGCUUUGCUUUGACCAAAACCGACAUGCCAACGACUCUCCAAUUAUUUCGGCCGUUUAGACUUUCAUCAUGCCUCUGGUUCAUGGGCCAGGGUUUUUGUGCCAGUGUGGCCAGAUUUGGGCUUCCGUGGACUGACUUGGUGUGUGGGCUUUCUCUAUUCCGAGAUGACGGACGUGGGCUUUUGAGUCUGUCCAAUUCCGCUCUUUCCUUUCAUCUGCUUCGAGACCUUUAAUUAACAGUUCCUAAAAACAAAAACUAUGAUCACCCUCGGAAAAUAUCAUCGUACGGUUCGACCGCUUGGUUUGGUGUAGUAAAUUAGUGUACUAGUCUUUUUUCAUCUCCAUGAUAAUACAUGAGAUGAGAUGUACUUAUAAAUUAUCAUCAUUUGGUUUUGUACUCAAAUAUGAGAGUUAAAAUGUUCAGAUUUAAGAGGCAAGGUUGUCAAUCCGCGGGUCGACCCACUUUGGUCCUGACCUGGUGAGAAAAACAGGUCACACGCACCUGUCAGGUUGACCGCUACAAGGUACCGGGUUGGAGGUCAAUUGUGUCAUUUUUUUUUCUUUGGUUUGCGAAAUGCGCCUAUUUUCCGAUUUUUUUUUCCGUCUAAAAUCUUUGGAAUUCUAAGUUAAACAUUUGAAUAUUGAUGUUAUAAUCUGAUAUCUUAAGAACUCAAAGAACCCAAGUCAAAACUUUUCCGCUUUUGGGAAACGACGAACGGUCAUGUCUCAUCAAAUCUCCCUAAUAAGAAAUUUUUGGUUGGGUAUCUGAUUAAUUAGCAUUGCGUGUACUUGUGAUAUGAACACAGUCUCCAAACUUCCAAAUUUGAUCUCGACGCGGGGGUUUUGAAAUUUUGAUUAUCCAUCAUUGGCGACACAUUGUGAAUGUUCACAUUUUUUUCUCUUGAUGAUUUGAUUGAUUACCAUAUGCCUCUACAAUUUUUAUUUUCCGUGCUGAGUUAUUUCCCGCUGUAAUGUAUGAAAACUCUAGAAACGUUGAACGUACUAUUGUUUAAAAGCCUGACCAAUUGAACCAAUUAAACUGUAAUGAAGUUAAAAUCAAAAUCGGAUCUAGAGCGCGAUUCAAAUGAGUUUUUAAUUAGUAUUGUAAGUGGCGUUGAUUGGUUGAAUAUGUCUUCAAAGAGUUACAUAUAAAAAAAAAAGAAUUAAAUGAAUCUGAGAUAUCGUCAACCGAAAUCAGACCGGAUCAUUAUGUCCAUCGAUUUUCCACACUUCAAAUCGAUGACUAGAUCUCGCCGAAAAUACUACCGAGUAAAUCUCGGAUAGGAGACUAUAACGAUGACUUCACAAAGCUAAAAAAAUCAUUCAACACUUGAUUAAUCGAUACGAUCGGAAGCCAAAUCAUGCGAACUCUCCGUCUCCGCUAGCAAUAAAAGGUUGAAAUUAUUAUUAUUAUUAUUUUUUUUUGGUAGAAAGGUUUAAUAAUUACUUAUUUACUUACCUAACACCUUUUUUUGAAAAGUCAUUAAUUAAUGACCAAAAAAUAGUUUGACCACAGUGUGGAAUUUGUUGGACUUGUUUGGGCCCAGGAGUGGAAGAAAAAAAAAACGAAUAUUCAUUCCCCCCGUAACGCCGCCAGAAUCUUCCGCUCUAUAUAUACAACCAGCAAAAACCCCUCGCAGCCCUACACAAAAAAAACCCAGCGCCGCCCGCCUGGGUCUCAACAAUCGCACGCGCCGCCUCCGCAGCGGAGUGUAAAUGGCAGAAUUCAAAAUCACGCAGCCGGAACUUGCGGCGCCGUCGCAGCGGCAGCGGCAGCGGCCGCACCUGCGGAAGAUCCUGUCCUGGUCGCCGGAGACGGGGAGGGAGGAGGUGUGGCGGCGGCGCAAGGGGAACCACCACAACCAGAAAUCGGCGAGCCGCAGCCGCCUCGGCCGGAGCGUGACGGACGAGGACCUCGACGAGCUGAAGGCGUGCAUCGAGCUCGGGUUCGGGUUCGAGCCGGACUCGCCGGAUCUGGACCCCAGGCUCUCCGACGCGCUCCCGGCGCUGGGAUUCUACUGCGCCGUCAACAGGCAGUACAACGAGAUCAUCCUGUCGCGGACUUCCUCCGACUCGUCCAUCUCGUCGGACGGCAGCGCCUCCGUCGUCGAUCCUGGUGAGGAUGCAGAGACGGUGAAGACGAGAUUGAGGCAAUGGGCUCGGGUCGUUGCGUGUUCAGUGAAGCAAUUAGCGGGGAGCCAACAAAUUAACAAAACUGAUUGAGAAAUUUGUUGUAUAAUUUUCUCUCUUCAUCGUUUCCUUUUCUCGUAGUUUUUCUGUUUGGAUUGCAACCGAUGAUUGAUUGAUCGUGUAGCUAAAUAACCCAAAAAAAUAGUUGGGAUGGUUAAUCAGGAGGCAUUAGGGUUUAAUUUCUGACCAAUCUGAUUGCUAAUAUACAGCGAUUGGAGGU